AUGUAUAAUUCCGAUUGGUACUACAAGGACUUCGCGGUGUGGGCCGUGUUACUGCUUCUGCUCCUCGGCAGCACGGAGAUCCUCACGAAUCAGGUUGUGCCCUACAGGUAUCCGUUUUAUGGCAUCGUGUUGGUCGUCAUCCUCAAGGGGUAUGUGAGGAUCGCUUCCAUGAGGAUGGUGAGCAAAUCCUACCUCGGCAUGGAGGUGAAGGUGAUAGCGGAAUAUAUGCAGUAUGUAGACAACAAGGUGGUGGCCUUCGAUCCUGUGACCAUGGAAGGCUACCGGUACAUAGUUGCUGGAGAGAAACACUCCAACACAACAUGGUACAAGAAGCCGGACGACUCGAAGGUUACCACCGUGGAACAGAUCUGGCAGUGCGAGGGGAAUCUGCUCGUCAUUGGUGAUCGGGGCAAGGUGCUCAAGGACUCGUGCCUCUCUAUGGCACUCUCCAAGAUGCUCAACCGAAGGUUUGCUGGCUUCAAGCUCUCAGAGGCAGAGCUUAAAAAAACCCAUGACUUUGUGUUUAAAGGCCUGCUCGCCGGGGACAAGCCACAUCAGAGGGCCUUCAGGGUCAUCGAGGAAGAGCUUGCUUUUGUCCAUGACUACUUGUAUUACACAAGGUAUUCUUACUUCUACCAAAAGGGUCGAUACAUUGCCCUCUGUCUGCCCAUCACCAUGCUUGCCCUAUGCUCAUGGCUCGCCUGCGUGCUCGUCGUGCACUACCAGCGUUGGUUCAAGCUGGCACUAAUGCGGAGCUACGUCACCACACCGCUUUUGCGUAGAAGCCGAACGCUUGAGAUGAUCAUAGGCCUUCUUUUGAGAUUCAAGGCAUUUCAGCCAUGGAAGUGUAGACUUGGCCAGUACUGUCUCCUCCAGGAGCUUGGCCGCAAAAGUAGGGCUAGGAAUUGUCUCCAUUAUGCUACACUGUGCCUAGUGGACAAGGCUAGCAAGGAACGGAAGAAAUCAGAAAAGCUGUCCGAAGAUGUGAAGAAAGCCAUCGUUGAUUCCCUUCUAGCAAGCAACGGACACCUGACGAAUGGGGUAACAUCGCUGCGAAGAAAUGGCGUCCAUGAUGACCUCAAAUGGGUAUGUGAUGCUACUGCUACUUACGGAGCGGUGGCUCGCACCAUUGUGGUCUGGCACAUUGCUACAACCCUGUGCGAAAAGAAGCUGGAUAAACAAGCCAAAGAAGAAUACGCUGUCAAAAGAGCCUCCACUUUAUCCAAGUACUGCAUGCAUCUCCUUGCUUUUGCACCUAACCUCCUGCCCGACCAAAGCUCCAUAUCGGAAUCCAUACUUGAUCAUUCAAUCGACGAAGUAAGGAAGUUACUCAAAGAGGCCAUGUACAAGAAGAUCGAGGGCAGGCUUGUUGUGCAGGGCGUUCACCUUGCAAGGCAACUGAUUGAUAACAUACAAGACUUCACAACAAGGUGGAAGGUGCUAUCUGAUUUCUGGGCGGAGAUGAUGCUGUAUGUCUCGCCGUCCGACGAUGCUCGGGAGCACCUGGAAGUUCUUGCAAAAGGAGGGGAGUUCAUCACGCACCUUUGGGCGCUGCUCACGCAUGCCGGUGUGUUGAAGCGAGAGCCAAAGGAUGUUGUGUGA